GUCGCGGGCUGCCGCAUCUCUAUGAGGAGCUUCCUCAGCGCUUCCCCGACUUUGCUCCGCACGCAUUUUCUGCCCCACUCUGCAAAGUCGAAGCUGUGCCUCGAACUCUGCAACUAGGUGAUGGUGUUGGCGUGCGUCCUCGCUCCGCACGCCCCCAGACCAGCUCACCUGUCCCGUCUGGAGGCCCAGUGAGCCCUAUCCUGACCCGCGCAGGGGCUGCCCGGGGGAUUGACGGCCCCUCCGGGACACACUUCCCUGGGAGCUCUGGCAGCCUUGCGGCGACUCGCUGCCAGGAAAUGUGCCAGUAGACAAGAACCCUGUCUCUUCUUGGCCGAGAGAUGUCUGCUUGCAAGACCAGGAGUGCCACGGGCAGCCUCCGGGGGAAUGCUGUGACCUACCUCCUCGGGUUGCUGCUACUGUGGAGUGGGGACAGCGGCUGCCAGGCCCAGCGAGCAGGCUGCAAGAGUGUCCACUAUGAUCUGGUUUUCCUCUUGGACACCUCCUCCAGCGUGGGCAAGGAAGACUUUGAGAAGGUCGGGCAGUGGAUAGCCAACCUGGUGGACACCUUCGAGGUGGGCCCUGAGCGCACCCGCGUGGGCGUGGUGCAGUACAGCGCCAGGCCCACCGUCGCCUUUGAGCUGGGUCGCUUCAGCUCGCGCGAGGAGGUGAAGGCGGCGGCGCGACGCAUAGUCUACCACGGGGGCAAUACCAACACGGGCGACGCGCUGCGCUUCAUCACGGCCCACAGCUUCUCGCCACAGGCCGGCGGCCGCCCUGGGAACCGUGCCUUCAAGCAAGUGGCCAUCCUGUUGACGGAUGGCCGCAGCCAGGAUCUGGUGCGUGAGGCGGCGGCAGCGGCGCACGCUGCGGGCAUACGCAUCUUUGCAGUGGGCGUGGGCGAGGCGCUGAGAGAAGAGCUGCAGGAGAUCGCCUCAGAGCCCACGUCUGCGCAUGUCUUCCAUGUGUCCGACUUCGACGCCAUCGACAAGAUCCGGGGCAAGCUGCGGCGCCGCCUGUGUGAGAAUGUGCUGUGCCCUAGCGUGCGCGUGGAAGGCGACCGCUUCAAGCACACCAAUGGGGAGUCCAAGGAGAUCACAGGUUUUGACCUGAUGGAUCUGUUCAGUGUGAAGGAAAUCUUGGGGCCAAGAGAAAAUGGAGCACAGAGUUCCUAUGUCCGCAUGGGGUCCUUCCCUGUGGUGCAGCGGACUGAGGAUGUGUUCCCCCAGGGUUUGCCUGAUGAGUACGCCUUUGUCACCACUUUGCGUUUUCGGAAGAUGUCUCGAAAGGAGGACUGGUACAUCUGGCAGGUCAUUGACCAGUAUGGCAUCCCUCAGGUCUCCAUCCGGCUAGACGGCGAGAACAAGGCCGUGGAGUACAAUGCCGUGGGGGCCAUGACGGAUGCUGUAAGAGUGGUCUUCCGAGGUGCCCCGGUCAGCAACCUCUUUGACCGGGACUGGCACAAGAUCGCCCUGGCCAUCCAGGCCCGGAACGUCUCUCUGUACGUCGACUGUGCACUGGUGCAGACGCUGCCCAUCGAGGAGAGGGAGAACAUUGACAUCCAGGGGAAGACUGUGGUGGGCAAGCGCCUCUAUGACAGUGUGCCCAUUGAUUUUGAUCUGCAGCGGAUUGUGAUCUACUGUGACUCACGGCAUGCAGAGCUGGAAACCUGCUGUGACAUCCCAUCAGGCCCGUGCCAGGUGACUGUGGUGACGGAGCCACCACCUCUGCCCCUGCAGCCUCCCACGCCCGGCAGUGAACAAGUUGGAUUUUUGAAGACCAUCAACUGCUCCUGCCCACGUGGAGAGAAGGGUGAAAAAGGCUCUGGAGGCCCCGUGGGACUCCCAGGUCUGAAGGGGGAUAUGGGAGCCACUGGACUGAUGGGUGCUCCAGGGCCCAAGGGAGAGAAAGGAGAUUCGGGCAGGGGACCUUUUGUCCAAGGAGAAAAGGGAGAAAAGGGUUCCCUGGGUCUGCCUGGACCCCCCGGGAGAGACGGCAGCAAAGGCAUGAAAGGCGAGCCAGGACAACUCGGGGAGCCGGGCCUGCCUGGAGAGGUGGGCAUGCGGGGACCCCAAGGACUGCCUGGAGUCCCUGGACCUCCGGGACAUGUUGGAGCGCCUGGUCUGCAAGGAGAACGAGGGGAAAAGGGAAAGCCAGGACAAAAGGGGGAGCGAGGCCUGGAUGGAUUCCCUGGGAAGCCUGGGGAGGCCGGAGAGCAGGGAAGACCUGGCCUUCCUGGUGUGGCGGGGCCCCCGGGAGAGAAGGGUGAGGUGGGACCUGCAGGACCUCCUGGAGUACCAGGCUCUGUGGUGCAGAGAGAGGGCCUGAAGGGAGAGCAGGGAGCUCCAGGACCAAGAGGGCACCCAGGUCCACCUGGGCCACCAGGAGCUCCGGGUCUGAUGGGUCCAGAAGGCAGAGGCGGACCCCCUGGCUCACAAGGUCUCCGAGGGAAGAAAGGUGAUGCUGGCGCUCCUGGAGUUCCUGGAUCGCUGGGGCUGCAGGGCCCCCCAGGACCACCCGGAGCUCCAGGCCCCGCUGGACCAGGAGGCCCCCCGGGCUUGCCUGGAGAGAUUGGCUUCCCAGGAAAACCCGGGUCUCCGGGGCCCGCGGGACCACCUGGAAGGGAUGGGCUGAGUGGACCCCCAGGCCCGCCGGGAUCCAAGGGAAAAGCUGGAGAGCGAGGGGAAGACGGCCUCCCUGGAAAGCCGGGCACUCGGGGUGAAGCUGGGGAGCGAGGCCUGGCGGGCCGGCCUGGAGAGAAGGGAGAAGCAGGCCUGCCAGGAGCCCCAGGCCUCCCGGGCGUGCGAGGAGAGAGGGGAGUUAAGGGAGAAAAAGGGGAGCUGGGACAUGCCGGCCUGAAAGGCGACCGAGGUGAAAAGGGUGAAGCUGGCCCCGCAGGCCCUCCUGGACCACCUGGAACCACGGCUCUGUUCACACCACAUCCCAGCAUGCUGGGAGAACGAGGGCCUAAAGGUGAUCCAGGGGGGCCUGGAGAACCGGGACCGCCAGGCCAUCCUGGAGACAUGGGUCCUCGGGGACCCGCUGGGCCACCGGGUGCCAAGGGACAAGAAGGAGCACCAGGGGUACCCGGAGCAGCUGGAAACCCUGGUGCACCUGGACCUGUGGGCUCUCCUGGCUCCAGUGGCCCUCCAGGAAGUGUGGGCCCCCCGGGCCUCAGAGGCCCCCCGGGCAAAGAUGGGGAGCGUGGUGAGAAGGGAGCGAAGGGGCAAGAUGGGAGUCCAGGGCUGCCUGGCCCCAGGGGUGACCCCGGAGCUCCGGGACUGCCCGGGCCACCUGGCAAGGGAAAGGAUGGAGAGCCGGGACUUCGUGGCUCACCUGGGUUACCUGGACCCCUGGGAACAAAGGGGGACCAAGGAGCACCUGGAGUCCCUGGAUCUCCUGGCAGCCGUGGCGACCCGGGCAUUGGGGCUGCUGGCCCUCCUGGACCUUCCGGACCACCAGGAGACAAAGGGCCCCCGGGACCUCGAGGCUCACCAGGCUUCCCUGGCCCUCAGGGACCAGCUGGCCAGGACGGUGCACCAGGAAAUCCAGGCGAAAGAGGCCCUCCUGGGAAGCCAGGCCUUUCCCCACUCUUGUCUCCAGAGGACAUAAAUCUUCUAGUGAAGGAUGUGUGCAACGACUGCCCUCCAGGGCCACCAGGCCUCCCCGGACUGCCAGGCUUCAAAGGGGACAAAGGCCUCCCAGGAAAGCCAGGGCGAGAAGGUUCAGAAGGGAGAAAGGGAGAUGCCGGGCCCCGUGGCCUCUCAGGGCCCCCAGGAAUGGCUGGACCACAGGGAAGUCAAGGAGAGCCAGGCGCAGAUGGUGAAGUUGGACCGAAAGGCGAUCAGGGCCACCCUGGAGUGCCAGGUUUCAUGGGACCCCCAGGGAACCCGGGCCCACCGGGAGCCGAUGGUCUUGCAGGAGCUACUGGACCACCAGGGAUCCAAGGCCCCCCGGGGAAGGAAGGACCUCCUGGCCCCCAAGGCCCACCCGGGAUCCCCGGAAUCCCUGGAGAAGAAGGCAAAGAAGGCAGAGAUGGAAAACCAGGCCCUCCUGGAGAGCCGGGCAAAGCAGGAGAGCCGGGUCUGCCAGGACCAGAGGGUACCCCAGGUCCACCUGGCUUCAAGGGACACACGGGCGAUUCGGGUCCUCCUGGUCCACGGGGUGAGCCUGGCACCACAGGGCCCCCUGGCCAGGAAGGGUUACCGGGAAAAGAUGGUGAUCCUGGACCUGUCGGGCCACAGGGGCCACAAGGACUGAGGGGCUUACCGGGAAAGAAUGGAUCACCUGGCUCUCCAGGAGACCCUGGACCUCCAGGAAGCCCAGGCCAGAAGGGAAGCAAAGGAGAAAAUGGAAGCCCAGGCCUGCCUGGCUUCCUGGGUCCUCGUGGGCCUCCGGGAGAAGCAGGAGAGAAAGGAGCCCCAGGAAAGGAGGGUCCCCCAGGGAAGCCAGGAGAUCCAGGACCCCAAGGAGAAAGGGGGGAUCCUGGCAUCAAAGGGGACAAAGGACCUCCAGGCGAGAAGGGCCAGCCUGGGGACCCUGGAGUUCCAGGCCACAAAGGCCACACAGGCCUGAUGGGCCCCCAAGGACCGCCUGGAGAUAGUGGACCAGCGGGGCCCCCAGGGUCCCCCGGCCAGCCAGGAUUUCCAGGGCUGAGGGGGGAGUCCCCCUCCUUGGAAAGCUUGAGGCGACUCAUUCAGGAGGAACUGGAGAAGCAGCUGGAGACCAAACUUGCCUACCUAUUGGCCCAGAUGCCUCCAACACACAUAAAGGCAUCUCAAGGCAGACCUGGGCCACCGGGCCCCCCAGGAAAGGAUGGGCUUCCAGGCCGGGCAGGCCCCGUGGGAGAGCCAGGCCGGCCAGGCCAGGGUGGUCUGGAAGGACCCUCAGGACCAAUAGGUCCCAAAGGUGAGCGGGGAGCUAAAGGUGACCCAGGCGCACCUGGAGUUGGCCUCCGAGGCGAGAUGGGACCCCCUGGAAUCCCAGGUCAACCAGGCCAACCUGGUUAUGCCAAAGAUGGACUCCCUGGUACACCCGGCCCUCAAGGAGAGACAGGACCAGCUGGGCAUCCUGGGCCUCCAGGACCUCCGGGCCCCCCUGGCCACUGUGACCCCUCCCAGUGUGCCUACUUUGCCAGCCUCGCUGCCCGGCCCAGUAAUGUGAAGGGGCCCUAGAAGAUUCCAGAAAGCCAGAUGGUGGCAGAUUCUGAAACUUGAAUUCAAGGCCUGAUGAGAAGCCAGAGGCCUUAAAGCAUUUCAGCUGUGUGUUGUCUUCUUUUUUCUUCCUUCAUCAUUUAUUUUUGUUUUAUUUUCUUGAGAGACUGAAAGACUUCAAAACUAUUAAAACCAACAGAUGCUGCC